GCGUUUAGCGCAAUAAGCCUUAUUUUUGUAUGAGAUUAUGAGAACAAGACCUUCCUCUACAUAUUAAAAAAUUGGAGAGGUGCCUUCUUUCGUUUUCUUAUUAGCGGCUCCGGAAGACAAUUUUUGAAUAAUUCACCAUUUCACCUGAAACACGCCCCAAACAUAACCUCAAAACGUCAACACGUGCAAAAUGACGGCUAAAAAUAUACAGGACUUUGAAGUGGUACCCUUUUACUUCUCAAGUGAUAGCACCGACCCCCAUGAUUUAUUUAUCAAAGAACACAAAGUCCGAAAAUUCGACAUAAAAAAGCCCCCCGGAAAGACACUUUUUGUGCUCAACGUGCCCCCCUAUGUCACUGUCGAAGCCCUGAAGGACGUGUUCGCCUCAGCUGGGAAAGUACAAUCCGUUACGUUCCAAUGUGAUGAUAGUGAUGAUACAAACGAACUGUUUGGGUUCAAAACAGCUUUUGUGGUUUUUACGAAACGUCCAAGUCUCUUAAGAGCAUUGAAAUUGGAGCGCUUGACGUUGCCCAACCCGCAUAACAUUUUAUUAGGCAUGAGUAAGUGGAUUCACGAGUAUAAUUCAACGGUUUACAAUCACGAUAAACUGAACGAAGAAGUGAACAUUUAUAUCAAACAACACGAAAAGGAGGAAGAAGAAAAGAAAUUGGCUGAGAAGGAAGUGGAUGAUGAGGGCUGGACUGUGGUGACGAAAAAAGGGCGAAAUCCGGGCCUGUCUCGCAAGGAAAGUGUCGAAAAUAAACUAAUACAGAAGAACAAAAUCAAAUCAAAGAAGAAAGAAUUGAAGAAUUUUUACACAUUCCAACUGAAAGAACAGAAGAUGAAUAACAUAAUCGCCCUGCGGAAGAGCUUCCAAGAAUCAAAGGAAAAGGUGAAUUUGAUGAAAAAAAUGCGUAAUUUUAAACCCUUUUAAUUAAAAAAAUAAAACUUUAUUUCGACUC